AUGGUGGCGGUAGCAAGCAGCGGUGUUGAUACUCUCGGUAGUUACCAUUCGCAGCCUGGAAGUUAUGAGCAGCCCGUGCAUUUGAUUGCGUCUUCGGGCAGUGAUGAAACUAGACAAUCGUUUGCAACACCAGAGCGGGGAUGCAUCAGUAAUCGGGAAAUUACGCUGUCGGAGCAGAAGAAAAAGGCAAUUGAUAUGCGUUUGCAGUCUCAAGUACCCAACGCACAUUGGGAAGGCUUCGUCAGCGCUGCAGAUAUGGCGAAAUACGCGAAGGAACGAGUCGAUGACUACUCGUUUCUCAUCAACGAAGCGUACUGCGUUUCAGAAACUUUUUGCGAAAACUGCUACAGAAUGCGUGUUGAACUGGAGCUUUUUGCGGAGAAAUUUACUGCACUGGCGAACUCGGGGAAUCUUCCAAAUGCAGGCGACAGUCUUUUUGUGAGUGAACUAGAAAGUCUGUAUCGCAACAAAGAAAUUGAAUUUUCAAGGCUCAGUAUGGAACAUGAUGCCGCCGUUAAUCGUCUCUCCGCCGAAGAGGUUGUUUUUUCCACCGAAGAGGAAAAAGCUCGACAGUCACAGCUCAUGUAUGAGCACGAAAUAAAGGAGCUGAAAAAUCAGAAUGAGCGGUUCGCAGAAGAGUUACGUACUGCUGAGGAAGAAGUCGAACGGGGUGAAAAGAGACUGGAAAAGGAAGUCAAAAAUGUUGAAUUGUUAACGCAGCAGAUUGCCGAUUUGAGAAUGCAGCUUUCUAUCUUAUCGGAGAGAGAUAAGCAGGCAGCAGAAAUCAUAAACUGGUGGAUGCAUGAAGCGAGAAAUCAGCAAGUUUGUGACAGGUCGCCAGAUGACCGUUCAGAACAGAAUCGACACAUUGCUGAAGGGUUUUCUCGGCUGGAGAAUGAAAUUAAACAUGUGUUAGAAGCAGUUCAAUCGGCCCAACGCUCUCGUGUGGUGGAGCAGAAGUUUGCGCAUGUGUUAAAAAGCUUUUUGAAAGAAGCAAGGGAGGGUAUUUCGUCGAAGAAUUGGGAAGAAGGAGAUGUAAAUUGCGCCAUUACCAACUUCGAAGCGAUUUUUGACGCAGUGUUUGAUGAUGAGCAUAAUGUUGAUGUGCUUAUUGGGCGGAUAAGUGAACAGAGGAAAGCGAGGGAAUUGGAGCUGACACAGGUACUUUUUAUGCGUUUUGCGCUGUGUAACAGCAGCACAAAACGCAUAUUGUCACAGAGUUGUCUGUGUGUGUGUGCGUCCGCAACUUUCAACUCGGGAACCGCAAAAUCUAGGGAGCAGAGGAAUGUUCCCCACCCAUGUGUUUCCCCGCAAAUUUAA